AUGGCCGGAUCCACUUUGGACUUGUCCCCGUGCUCCAGCAUUGUGGUGGCUGGGAGAUUUCUUCCGGAUCAUCUCUCCUCCUCCUUUGGUGGGGGGUUGGAUUUCCUAGUGAGAGUCAUCAAAGAGGAGUUUCACAGGAUUGCAGAAUUCCCUUUAGGAUUUCCGAAUGUGGUUGGAUGCAUUGAUGGCACACAUAUUCCGAUCAUUGCGCCUUCUGAAAAUGAAGUGGACUAUGUGAACAGGAGAUCCAUCCACAGUAUUAAUGUGCAGAUCAUAUGUGAUGCUGCACAUAUAAUUACAAAUGUGGAGGCCAAGUGGCCUGGCUCUGUUCAUGACUCAAGAAUCUAUCGGGAGUCAACCCUGAGCAACAGACUGGAAAGGGGAGAGAUUGAUGGCUUUCUGCUGGGAGAUAGGGGUUACCCAUGCCGACCAAAUCUUAUGGCCCCUUACCCAGAACCUGAACCAGGCCCACAGCAGCGCUUCAAUGUGGCACACUGCAGGACGAGAGCCCGGGUGGAGAUGACCAUAGGCCUGUUGAAAGCACGUUUCCAGUGCCUACGUCACCUCAGGGUAACCCCUGAAAGGGCCUGCGACAUUAUUGUGGCUUGUGUUGUUCUCCAUAAUAUUGCCAUAAUUAGAGGGGAGCAACACCCUGCCCUACAAUUACAAGACCCUGAGGAAUAGCCCAUCAACCCUGAAGAUUUCCAGGAUGGAAGGGUAGUCCGGGAUAUGAUAUGCUGCAAUGUCUUCUCAGAUUAAUACACAUGAUAUCCACCACCACCACAAAAAAAUGAAUAAACACAAAAUCACAGCAAUUUAUGGUGUUCUUUAUUUCAUACAAAUGCAACCACAAAAUAAACUAAUUAAUAAAAAAAAUCACAGCAAUUUA